UUUUGUUGAAAAUAAAUCCCAAAAUGAGAGCAGAGGCCAGCAGAGAGGCAUUUUGGUGCAUAUUGUACUGCAGAGUUUAUAUCCAGACAGCCAAGAAGUAGCUCCAUUUUCCUUGUCUCUCUGAAUACCUUUAUAGAAAAUGUUUGUAGUCUACUUCCUUUUUAUGGCUGUCAGUACAUUCUUUACUGAAGGCAUUUCUUUCUUUACAUAUUUGAUUAAAGACUGUGCAUCGGAGAAAAUUACAUUACUCCAUAGGACAUCCAAAUAACUCCCUUCAGCUGGAGGCUUUGUGCCAAGAGGAAAUAAAAAGGCAAAAAGAUCAAACUGAUGGUAUUCACCUCAACACAAAGAUGCUGCAGGAUUGUGCUGCUGAGUGUGCUCAGAGCUUUUUUUCUGCACUGGCUGCCCUCACUGAAAAGCUCCUCUUGGAACUGGAUGAAACCAUCACUGUUGAUGAUGUAAAAGUAGCAGGAACUGAAAUACCUACAGAGAAGACAUCAACUUUAAUGCAUCGUAAACAGUCUGGACUUCCUCUAGGAACAUCCAAAGUGCAACAGUUACUCAAACGAGGAAGGAGGAGUUGGCCAGGAAUACCUGAGACUACUCUUCCUGACACUCCAGACUAUACUCUUUGCAGAGGAACUGCAUCAGUUUCAACAGCUAAGACAACCCUGGGCCAUCUGGCAGUGGUGGACGCAAGACAAGCUGCAUAUAAGAAAUACAAAAGUAAAGUUGAAGAGAUGUUUGCCCAGGUCAAGGAAGAAAGUGCAGCUCAGCUGCUGGCAAUUCAGCGUUGGAAUGAUUGGUGGGAAGCAUCUGUCUGGAAGAUAAAGCGACUCUACCUCUGAGAUCAGUCAAGUUUUGCUGAGCUUUGUUGGUGUAAAUUGACAAGUUUGUAUGAAUGUCACUGAUAUUUUCCUUUUAUCUUACUAAUCUGUUGCAUUGAAAAAAGCUACUUUUUGCCUUUUUGUUUGUUUUGCCACGUUACCACUCUUGUUUGCUCAUAUGCGGUCUUAAGACUACUACUUUGCAAUUUACAUAACGACUUGGUUUGGCUUACAGUAUCAUCUGGUACCAUUCACAGGUGUUUGUGCACAGGAACCCUCUGUGCAAGGGCACUUAAUGCGUAUUUAUCAGCAGAGUUUACAGGAUUUUUCCCCUGUGUGCUGGUUUGGUCUGAAAACUCUCCAAGGCAUGAAUGAGAACUAUCCCUAACUAAGCACCCAAGUUAAGGCCCCUGUGCCCAAGCACCCCUUCUCAGAGACCUCUGAUUGGAGAUGGCCAGCCUGAAGAAGAUACACAUUUGAUGUUGUCUUGAUUCAACAAGCUUUGACUUGCCUACCCUUCCCACUCCUUGCCUUGCCUCUCCUACCUUGUGUUGCCUACAGUUUCUUUCAUUGUCAUGCCUUGCUUGCCCCUCCCUUGCCUUGGCUUAUCUAUCGCUCUCUUGCCUUUCUUUCCCUUCCCCUCCCUUGACUUGUCCCUAUGUUACCCCUUACUUUCCUUGUCAUGCUUUUCUCUUCCCUUGCCCCUCUCUUUCCUUUCCCUUUUCCUGCCUUGUAUUGACUUGCUCCUCCUAUGGCACUCCCUUGCCUGGCCUUGCCUUCCCUCACCCUUUCUUUCUUUACCAUGCCCCUAUGACUUACCCCUCCUUGCCUUUUCUUGCCUUUUCUUGCCUUUUCUUGCCUUUUCUUGCCUUUUCUUGCCUUUUCUUGCCUUUUCUUGCCUUUUCUUGCCUUUUCUUGCGCUUCCCUUGCCUUUCUUGUGUUUUCUCACCUUGCCUCUCCAUUCCGUUGCCUUGCUUCUCCUUGCUUUCCUUGCCUUGCCCCUCCAUUGCCUUGCCUUUCCUUGCCCUUGGCUUGUUGACCCGUCCCUUGCCUCACCUUGUCUAUCACUCCCUUGCCAUCCCCUGCAAUACCCCAUAUACCCCUCCCUUGCUGUGCCUUCCCUACCCCUCCCUUACAUUGCCUCUCCCUUGCCUUUCCUAUCCUUGCCCCACUCAUGCCCCUCCCUUGCCUUGCAUUCACUUUCCUUUCUUUUCCCAUCCUAUGCUCCAUCCUUGCCAUAUUCCACUCUUUCCCUUCCCUUUUCUUGCCUUGUCCCUCCCUUGCCCCUUCUUUGCCUUUCCCCUCUCUUGCCUUACCUACCCAUCUCUUGCACUGCCUACUCCUCUCUUGCCUUGCCUACCCCUCCAUUGCCCUUUCUUGCCUACCCUUCCCUUGCCUUGCUGUCAUUUUCCUUUUAUUCCCUUCCCUUGCCUUCCCUUGCUUUGCCUUUCUGUUGCCCCUUCUUCCCUCCCUGCUGCUUUGUCCUCCAUGACCUCUCCAUUGCCUUUUCCCUCCCUUUCCCCCCAUUACUCUUUGCGUUCCUUCCUUUGCCUAUACCUUGCCUUGCCAGUUUGAAAGUAAAAGCCUUUUACUUUCCUUGCCUUGCCUUAACUUGCUCCUGCCUUUCCCCUCCUUGCCUUUUGUUGCCCCUGUCUUGCCUGCCCUUGCCUUGUUUUGCCUCUCCCUCGAUUGGCCUUGUCUUGCCUUGCCUUGUCCCUCCAUGGCAUUGCUGCUCUCUGUCCUUCCCAUGCCCCUUCUUGCCUUGCCUUUCCCUUGCCUUGCCUUGUUUGGACUUGCUCCUUGUAGUGGAUUUAGGUUCCUCUGAAUUUCUUCCCCAGAAGGGGGAGGAGGCGGCUUUCUGGGUGAAUAGUGAUCAAGACACAAUAGGAAGUGUCCGAUGGCCCUGGCAUUCCAGUGGAGUCAUUUUGGGGUUGGGGAGCUUUGGCUGGGGGAUGGGCUUUUCUGCUUGGGGUUCUUCAAGAGUUGUGGCUUGGUGCUGUGAAAGGUCUGACCCGAGACUUGGGUGCAGGUGGGUCCUUCCUUUUGCUGGGGGAUUCAGAGCAGUUGCAUGGGUGUUGCCUGGAGCCAGGCAGUCUCAGCCAGAUCUCUUUCUGCACAGUAGCUCAGCAAUAUGAUUGAGGCCUCAAUCCUACCUCCCUCAGCUUGUGCCUGCUGCUGUUUGCAGUGCCAAGACCAGUUGCCACCCAUGUGAGUUUGCAGGAGGAGAAAUUUUCUUCCUUCCCUCCCUGUGCUGGCUGUAAGAGGAUCACUGCAGCUUUUGCCCCAGCAGAGCUGCCAGCACUCCUGCCAGCUGUGACUGAGCCAUUGCAGCCUCUGCUUCCCAGAGUGUGCCAGCACCCCCUGCCUAGUGUAGUCAUAACUACAUAACUGAAGAAGAAAAAUGGUAUUUAGCACGUGGGAAGUUUCUGUUACUGUUUUGUUGUUAUGUUAGGUUUUUUUCUAGUAAAGAACGGUUACUCCUUUUCCUACAUUUUUGCCUGGAUGCCCCAUAAUUUUGAAGUUACAGUAAUUUGGAAGAAGUUUUCUUUCCAUUCCACAAUGGUUCCCAUCUUCCUUGGCAGGCAUUUGUCUUUUAAGCGAAGACACUUCUCCCUUGCCUUAUCCCUCCAUUGUUUUGCCUUCCUUGCCCCUUCCUUGCCUUGUUCCUGCAUUGCUUUCACUUUCCUUGCCUUUGUUUUCCCUACCCUACCCUCCCUUACCUUACCUUGCCUCUUCUUUGCCUUGUCCUUGUCCUUCCUUUCCCCUCCCUUGGUUGGCUUUGCUUUUCUUACUUUACCUUGCUUUGCCUUGCCCCUCCAUUUGUUGCCCCUCCUUUGCCUUAUCCCUCCCUUGCCUUGCUCACACUCUUUGCUCACCCACCUUGCUUUGCUGCUCCUUUGCCUUGCCUUGCCUACCUCUCCCUUACCUUGCUAUGAACUGCUUAAUGUUCCAUUGCUUUGCCUUGCUUGUCCUUCCCUUGCCUUGCUUACACCUCCAUUUCUUUACUUUGACUUACCAGCCCUGCUGUUGUCUUGCCUGCCUUUUGCUUACUUUACCUUAAACUGCCUAGUCAUCCAUUGCAUUUCCUUGUCCCCUCUCUCUUUCCUUGCUCCCCUCCCUGUCCCUUAUCCCCCUUUGCUGUGCUUUGCCCUUCCUUUGCCCAUCCCUUUACCCUUUCUUGCUUUGCCCCUCCCUUGCCCCUCUCUUUUCCUUUCCCCUUUCUUGCUUUGCAUUGACCUGCCCCUCCUAUGUUCCUCCUUUGCCUCUCCCUUUCCCAUCUCUUGCUUGGCUUUUCCUUGUCUUGCCUUUCCCUUCCCUUGCCCCUACUUUUCCCUCUCCUGUUUUGCCCCUUCCUUAUCUUGCCCUUGCCUUGCCUGACCCUCCAUUUCCUUGGCUACUCCAUCCGUUACCUGCUUUUCCCACGUCUCUUACCUUGACUUGCCUAUCCCUCCCUUGACUUUCAGCAAGGAAAUGCAAGGGAGGGGUGGGAAAGGAAGGAAAGAGAAGACAAUGGACGGGUAGGCAAAGCAAUAAAGGUGUGAGGAAGGCUCCACUCUACCUCCUUGGGCAGCCCAUUCCAAUAUCUAAUCACCCUUUCGGAGAAGGGUGAAUACCCUUUCUUCCUAAUUAACAACCUUGGCCUCCCCUGUCACAGCUUAAGACUAUGUCCCUUUGUCCUAUCACUGCUUGCUUGGGAGCAGAGCCCAACCCCCACCUGGCCAUACUCUGCUGUCAGGGAGCUGUACAAAGCAUUCAGGUCACCCCUGAGUCUCCUUUUCUCCAGGCUAAACAACCCCAGCUCACUCAGCCAGUCUUCGUAACACAUACACUUCAGGCACUUCAUGAGUUUUGUUGCCCUUCCCUGGACCCACUCCAGCCCCUCAAGAUCUCUCUGGCCACGAGAGCCCAGAACUGGACACAGCACUCCAAGUCCCUCAGCUGUGCAGGAACAGGGUGUGUCCUCAGUGUGCCAGCACAGGGGACAGCCACUGCCCU